AUGGAUGCACCACUGACCCUCUCGCCCACUGGCGUUCCCGGUCCUACCGUCUCAUCUCCCAUCACCCUGGACAUUGUUCGUUGCUCCCGCUGUCAACAAUCCCUCAGCGUAGGGACCCAGUCCAGCGGGGCCGUUCAAUUCGGCAUGAAUUCCUACUACUGCAACCGAUGCGCAUCCAAGGUUGGAUUUGUUCGGUGA